AAUUCUCAAUGGCUAAUGUUCAUUGUACAAAGCAAGUCAGCUGCAGUCCAUUUUAAAAGUAUACGGUAGCUCACAAUUCGAACGUUCAACAGUCGGCAUUUCUUAACAGCAGCCAUAACUUCCCACUAUUGGGUCUGCUGUGCUGACACUGCCCUUCUUCUGGCAUUCAUUUAGACGAUAGUUAAUAACAUUUGCCGUGAUUGUCAGCAGCAGCAGCAGUAGUAGUUAGCAGGGCUUAAUUAAUAUCUACGCAUAGCAUGUGAUGAGCACUUUUUAUUUUUUUUUUAAUAAACUUGCACACGCUUGUAUAGAAAUAAUAACUAAAUAAGUUAAUACCUUUAUCGCGGACGGGCAAACAUACCAUUGGAGAAAAUAUAUAUGUAUGCAUAAGUGAUAUUCAAAAUUUUGAUUUAGUUAAAAAUAGUGUAAAGUGUGAGAACGAAAUCUUAAAAAUAACUAAGAUAUAUUUUAAACUAACUACCAUUUGAAUGACCGAUAAGUGUGUGCCAAAAAUGAGUGGAUCGAAUGACAUCAAAGUCAAAUCGUUAAGGGAUUUUAAGGCUCCCGCAUUCAGAGAUGAUGAACUAGUCCUAUACGUUCACCCCUACAACUUUCAUUCGCAAAAAAUACUUCUUCUCUUGUAUGAGAAAAACAUUGAGUUUACUCCUUACGUGGUGGACCUUUUAAAUGGUGAACAAUAUUCCCAAUGGUUUUUAAAUCUGAAUCCCAAGGCUGAUGUACCUGUUCUUCAGGAUGGAUCAUUUGUUGUGCCUGACUCUGGUCACAUUGUUAAUUAUGUGGAAAAUAAAUUUCGUGGAGGUGAUUACAAAUCAUUAAAACCCAAAGCAGGUAAUAAAAUGGAAGACGAAAAAAUUUUGCUCUUUGACCAGAUAUUCAGUAGUUUGCCGGUAGGAGCACUAAGUUUAGGAUCAUUUAUACAUGAUGAUUUAAAAUUGGUUCCAAAACCCCCUUUCAUUGGACCCAUUCGCAAGACUUGCUUAAAAAAUAAUGAAAAAGUCCAUGCCCUCUUGAAAGAAUCCAUUGACAAAGCGGAUGAUCAUAAGGCAGCCCUAUUGCGCAAAUUGGAUUUGCAAGAGCGAAGAAAACGUCUAGUCUAUUCACGUUUGGAGUACCAAAAAAUUUUAGAUGCCGUACAGAAUGUAUUGCAAUUCAUCGAAGAUGACAUGAACGCAAACUCACAUCGCGAAUGGUUAAUUUCCAAUGAUUUUUGCAUGGCCGAUGUAUGUUUUGGUUUGCUCUUAUUACGCCUGUAUCAGUUGGGUUUCGAGAACUACUAUUGGUCCUAUGGCAAAAUGGCUCGAAUUGAGAGUUAUUUUCUGCGUUUUAAAAAGCGGUCAUCAUAUGAUAAGCUUAUGCCUAGCAAUUUCGAAAUACUGAAGGAUAUUUGGCAAAUGACGCCAUCGAACUAUAUCAUUGGUGCGGGUGCUGGGGUUUUGGGUAUGGCCGUAUUUGCAGCAUUUGCCCACAAAUAGUGUAAAGCAAAAAUCCAAUAAGUGGUUGUAAAGAGCCAAUGUAAUUUCAAGUGAGGUAUGGCACAUAACGUUUGUGUAUUCGAAACAUUUAAUAAUUCACACAACCACACACACACACACAGAACUAAUACGGUCACGUUUCUUAU